AUGCUUGAACAAUAUUUCUCAAGUUAUGAAAUUUAUAUUAGGGAUAUAAUUGGUGAUGGUAAUUGUUUGUUUCGAGCUGUAAGUGAUCAAUUAUAUGGAAAUAGUGAAAAUCAUGAAAUUAUUAGAUCCUAUUGCAUGGAUUAUAUUGAAAUUAAUAAAGACAAAUUUUCUGAUUUUAUACAUGAAUAUCCUAAUAUAGAUAAUUAUAUUAAUAAUAAACGAUGUUUAGGAGUUUGGGGUGAUAAUAUUGAACUUCAAGCACUUUGUGAAUUAUAUAAUAUACCUAUUCAUAUAUUCCAAAUAGUUGAUGAUAUGAAAUUAAUUACAAAUAAACAAAAUUAUAUAAAAAAUAAUAAAGAUACGAGAUGUAAUUCAAUGAAUUAUAUUAUACAAUCACGUAAUUGUUUUUUACAAAGAAUUGCAAUAAUGACAUCUUCUAAUACAAAUGAUAGAAAAUCCUAUGUUAAAGGAUUAUGGCCAUUAAGAUUACUCUAUUAUGGUGAUACACAUUAUGAUUCUUUAUAUUUUAUUCCUGAUGGUACCCCAUUAGUAUCUAAUUAUCAUCCACGUAUAUCUUAUGAUCCUGGAAUAAUUGAAAAACAUAAAAUCCACGAAAUAAGAAUUAAUAGAAAAUAUGAAAAAUUAACUAAUAAUAAUAAAAAUGAAUAUACUAAUUUUAAUCAAUCUCCAAUAAAAUCAAAAAAAUUUAAUCAAUCAUAUUUAGAUAAUAAAAUUAUAAAUAAUGAUUCUAAUAAAUUAAUUUCAGAUAUAUUAUCAGAUAACAAAAAAACUUUAUCUAAGAAUCUUGAAGAUAAUCUAGAAGAUAAAACUUUGUAUAAAUACUAUAAUAAUAUAAUAAAUAAUCAGAAUAAUAAUAAUGGAUCAUAUUUAUAUAAAAUUUCUACUAUAGAUACUAAAAAGAAAGAUACAGAAUUAACAUGUAUUAAUAAUAAUAGGCGCCAGUAUAAUGAAGAUAAUUAUAAUAAAGAAGAAAAAGAUAAUUUAAAGUAUUCUAAUCCAAAUAAUAUAGAUAAGUAUACUAAUUUAAAACGGAUUGUAUAUCAAUCUUUUAAUUUGGAUAUAUAUAAUCCUCCGAAGACAUUUGAUAGGAAUACUCUUGAUGAUUACAAACGUAAUUCUAACUCCAAUUCUAAUUAUUUAGCAAUAUCAUUAAAUUCAUCAAGUAUUCCUAUAACAGUAAUAUCUAAUAUAUUAAAUAGUCCUGAUAGAUUACAAUAUGAUUGGCUUUUUCCUGAUAUAGAGACAAAUAUUAUUAUAGACUGUGCUUUAAAUAAAAAAACCCAAAAUGAUAAUAAGAAAGAUAAUACAAUAUUUUUAAUUAAGCAUUUUGAUCUUAAUAAUAUAGAGUAUUCUAAAUUAGAUUUGAAUAUUAAUAAUGAGACAGAUGAAGAUAUAUUUAAUGAAGUAGGUGGUCUUAAGGAUUGUGAAUUUAUUAAAUGUAAUGAUUACAUAAAAGAUAAUAUAUAUAAUGAUGGUGAUAAUGAUGAUAAUAAUGACAAUAAUAAUGAUAAUAAUAAUGAACGUGAAAGUUCUCUUGAAAGAUAUAAUUUAUCUCCUUUUGAAGAUAAUAAUCAGAAUAAUGAUAAAGAUGAUAAAUUUGAUAUUGAUUCAAAUAAAUAUAUUGAAAAUAAAUCAUUAUUAAAACAAGAUGAAUUAAUUUAUAAAGAAGAAAAAUUAAGAGGAAGACAAUCAUCAAAAAAAAAUGGUAUAUCAAGAGAAUAUUUUAUUUUUGCUAGAUCAGGUCCUAUUAAUAAAAAUAUUGAUCAAAAUAUAUAUAAAGAAGAAAAUAAAUGUGAUUAUUAUAUAGAAUGUUAUCAAGAUAUAGAUGGAGAGAUAUUUUAUGAAACAAAUGACGAUGAAGAAUUAAUUCAUAAAAGAAAGAAAAGACGUAAUAAUAUAAGAAAGUCUAGUAAACGAGAAUGGGAUAAAAUAAAGAAGAUAAUUGAAGAAAAGGAACAUAGAUAA